GUGUGUGUGUGUGUGUGUUUUUGCAUCUGAUGUGUGUGUAUGCGUGUGUUCCUGGCUGCAGCACAGCAGUGAGGAUAUGUAGCUUCCUGUGUGCUGCUAGGCAGCCCAAGCUCAUUCUGCCGCAUGCCGCUUACCACCACCAUUACGCAGAGGAAUUCCCUGCUGUCUCUGCUACUGCUGCUCACAGAGAGUGCGAGUGUUGGCUAAAGAUAGGAGGAGAGGAGAAACGAGACAUGCAGCAAAGCAACACUGACAGAUAGAGGACAGAGCUGGAUUUUACAUUGGAUUUAACAUGAAGAUGUGCAGUGUUUGUUUAUGAGGAAAUCACUCUGUGUGUGGGAUUUAUUACUGACCUUUGUGCUCCUGAAUUGCGCGUAUGUAAGAGGCUACACUGUGUAUUUAUGUGUGUGUGUGUGUGUGAGAGAGAGAGAGCGAGUGUGUGAGUGAAUGAUUGUGUUGGGGUGUGUGAGUGUUUCUUCCUGAUGCGGUCAGAGCGGGCUAGUCGUGUUUGUAUCGUGGUGCUGGAGGAGGUGGAGGAGGAUGAGCCCUCCUCUUCACCAACACCUCCCCAGCCCAAAUCAUCCCCAGACCGCAAAUCCCAUCAUGCCUCUCGAAGGGCUGCCACUCAGGAGGACAAGCCGUCUCUGUUAAGAGCCAUCUUCAACGUGGACCCAGAUGAAGUUCGCUCCCUCAUAUUCAAGAAAGAGGAUGUCAACAUUCAGGACAACGAGAAGAGGACGCCUCUGCAUGCUGCAGCCUACCUGGGAGACGCUGAGAUCAUUGAACUGCUCAUUCUCUCAGGAGCCAGAGUUAAUGCCAAAGAUAACAAGUGGUUGACUCCUCUUCAUCGAGCUGUCGCCUCUUGUAGUGAGGAUGCAGUGGCAGUGUUGCUGAAGCACAGUGCAGAUGUUAACGCCCGUGACAAGAACUGGCAGACGCCGCUCCAUGUUGCAGCUAGCAACAAGGCAGUACGCUGUGCUGAGGCUUUGGUCCCGCUGCUUAGCAACGUCAACGUGUCUGACCGGGCGGGACGCACUGCUUUGCACCACGCUGCCUUCAGUGGACAUGUAGAGAUGGUGAAGUUGCUGCUGUCCAGAGGAGCCAACAUUAAUGCAUUUGACAAGAAGGACAGGAGAGCCAUCCACUGGGCAGCCUACAUGGGUCACUUGGAAGUGGUAAAGUUAUUGGUGGCCAGUGGAGCAGAGGUUGACUGUAAGGACAAAAAAGCAUAUACUCCGCUCCAUGCAGCCGCCUCCAGUGGCAUGAGCAGCACAGUGCACUACCUGCUGAGCCUGGGGGUCCACGUCAACGAGGUGAACAGCUACGGCAACACUCCUCUCCAUUUGGCCUGUUACAAUGGACAGGAUGUGGUGGUCAGUGAGCUCAUCGAGGCAGGGGCCAACGUCAAUCAGGUGAAUGAGAGGGGUUUUUCCGCUCUCCACUUUGCCUCGUCCUCACGACAGGGGGCACUGUGCCAGGAGCUGCUGUUGUCCCAUGGAGCUCACAUCAACAUGCCGAGUAAGGAUGGUAAGACUCCCCUCCACAUGGCAGCAACACAUGGAAGGUUCUCCUGCUCUCAGGCCCUCGUUCAAAAUGGAGCUGAGAUUGAUUGUGAGGACAGGAGCCAAAACACUGCCCUUCACAUCUCUGCCCGCUAUGGCCAUGAACUCAUCAUCACAGCACUCAUCAAACACAGAGCCAACACCGCCAAGAGAGGCAUUCAUGGGAUGUUCCCUCUACACCUGGCAGCUCUCAGUGGCUUCUCAGAUUGCUGCAGGAAGUUGCUGUCAGGGUUUGACAUAGACACCCCUGAUGACUUUGGAAGGACCUGUCUACAUGCUGCUGCAGCUGGAGGGAACCUGGAGUGUCUGAAUCUGCUGUUAAACAUAGGAGCGGAUUUUAAUAGGAAAGACAACUUUGGAAGGACUCCACUACACUAUGCAUCAGCUAACUGUAACUACCAGUGUGUGUUUGCCUUGGUGGGCUCUGGGGCGAGCAUCAAUGAGCUGGACCAGAGAGGCUGCAGUCCCCUGCACUACGCUGCUGCAGCCGACACUGAUGGAAAGUGUGUGGAGUACCUGUUGAGGAACGAUGCUGAUCCAGGAAUUAGAGACACGCAGGGUUAUAGUGCAGUGCACUAUGCCUCAUCUUACGGACGCACACUCUGCCUGGAACUGAUGGCAAGUGAGACACCUCUUGAUGUGUUAAUGGAGACAUCAGCAACAGGCAUCCUGGGUGACUCAGAGAGCCAGGCCCCCGUCAGUCCACUCCACCUGGCGGCCUACCAUGGACACUGUGGAGCUUUAGAGGUUCUCUUAUCGUCCAUGCUGGAAGUGGAUGUUUGCAGCUCAGAGGGCCAGACGCCCCUCAGCCUGGCCUGCUCCAAGGGUCACCAAGAGUGUGUCUCCCUGCUGCUGCACCAUGGCUCCUCACCCAUGACCUGUGACUACACACACAAACAGACAGCCAUACAUGCUGCAGCUAUGAAUGGCCACCCAGAGUGCCUGCGCCUGCUCAUGAGCAACAACGACCAACACAUUAAUGUGGAUGUACAAGACGCCAACGGACAGACUCCUCUGAUGUUGGCAGUGCUAAAUGGACACACAGAGUGUGUGUACUCUCUACUCAGUCAAGGGGCCAGUGUAGAGUAUCAGGACCGCUGGGGGAGGACGGCACUACACCGAGGGGCGGUGACUGGCCAGGAGGAGAGUGUGGAGGCCCUCCUCCAGCGGGGGGCCAGUGUGUGUGUCAGAGACAUCCGGGGCCACUCCCCUCUUCACCUGGCAUCCGCUUGCGGCCGUGUGGGUGUCCUGGGUGCCCUGCUGCAGGCCAUGACCACCUCCACACACACUCAAACACACCUCACUGACAACCAGGGCUACACACCACUGCACUGGGCCUGCUACAACGGAUACGAUGCUUGUGUGGAGUUGUUGUUAGACCAGGAGGUGUUCAAGAAGAUUAAGGGCAACGCUUUCAGUCCGCUGCACUGUGCUGUUAUGAACAAUAACGAGGGAGUGGCUGAGAUGUUGAUUGACUCCCUGGGAACGAAUAUCGUCAACACCACUGACUCCAAGGGCAGGACCCCCCUACACGCUGCAGCUUUUUCCGACCAUGUGGAGUGUGUUUCCCUUCUGCUUAGCCACGGAGCUCAGGCAAACGUGGUCGACACACACACACGCAGGACACCGCUGAUGAUGGCCGCUAUAAGCGGACAAACCAAUACUGUGGAGAUGCUGGUGAGCAGUGCUAAAGCAGACUUCACACUACAGGAUACAAACAGGAACACAGCAUUACAUCUGGCUUGCAGCAAGGGUCAUGAGACGGGUGCCUUGUUGAUUCUGGAGAAGCUCAGUGACAAGAACCUCAUCAACUGUACCAAUACUUCUCUCCAGACGCCCCUGCAUGUAGCAGCCAGGAAGGGAUUAACAGUGGUGGUCCAGGAGCUGCUGGGGAAAGGAGCCAGUGUGUUGGCAGUGGACGAGAACGGUUACACUCCAGCUCUGGCCUGUGCUCCCAACCGUGAUGUGGCAGACUGUCUGGCACUCAUCCUCAACUCCAUGAUGCCCACCUCCCCUAUGGUCACCAUAGCCGCUUUGCCUGCACAUUCUCUUACUCAGACAGUGAUCAACCACCACCCGACCAAAAAUCAUGUCUCCAAAGGUGUGGCCUUUGACACCCCUCCCUCUCUGAGGCCUGACCACGCCUCCUACUGCAGACCGGACCGCCCGCUGUCCUGCAUCACUGGGGAUGAUGAACUGAAUGACUCAGAUUCAGAGACGUACUGAGAACAUACCUGCUAUUGAACAGAGCCCCACAAUACUGGCAGGCUAGCCAGCCACUCAGGAGCCUUAAUAGAUCACUGACAAGGAACUAAAAGAGGGAGAAAAUAGAACCAGUGUGCAGAUUAUUUUUAGGCACGCUUCUUUAAAUCUUAAAAUAACCCUUGUUGUAAAUCAUGUUUGUUUCCUUAUGGUGCAUACCCAUGGGGUGUAAAAUUAACAUACUAAAAAUAUAGAAUAAGGUGAAUACACACUACAUUUCUGUCAGACAUCAUCACUGUAUGGUCAGUAACAUGGCCAGUGUCUUUUUAAAUUUAAAGCAAUGUUAUUUUUCUCUUGUUUUUUGCUGAUACUUUCUGAAGUGGUUUUAAGACUUUUCACAAUUUUUCCUUCAACUAUUACUAGAAGAGUAUCUACUGGAGAAAAGAGGACUGCUUUUUUUUGGCACGAUUGUCUAAAGAAAAAACACAGGGACAAUCACAUGGGACCAGGAGAUUGAUUAUCGCUUUCCCGACUGUACUUUUGAGUUUUUAUUCAGAGUUCUUCGAGCUUUGAAGGCAGACACUGAUGGCUGUCACUCACGCACAUUGGUAAUGCUGUGUCAUUGUUAUUGAACCACUUUUAAAUUCCUUGGAGAGGAAGUCAUUAUUGAAUCCUAUGAAUUUAUUCCAAGUGGACUGAAUCAUUGGGAGCUGUUUAGGACAACAGGUGGAUGUAAGAUCCAUUUACUGUAUGACUGGUCCAGUCACUUGAUUGAUGACCCGAAUGAGCGGCUCAACUUUGAACUUACAAUGCUGUAACUACUCAAUGUCUGUGUACUGCUGGAGACAGGGGGAAGGGUGUGUGUGUGUGUGUGUGUGUGUGUGUGUGUGUGUGUGUGUGUGUGUGUGUGUGUGUGUGUGUGUGUGUGUGUGUGUGUGUGUGUGUGUGUGAUUAAUAAAUAUUGCCUUUUAAGGAACAAGCUACUUUCAGGCAGAGGAUGUACGCUACUGGUUCAAUGUUUGUACGGAUUAAGUAAUGAACGAAUAAAGAGAUUUGUUUUUGA